AUGUUGCGGACCUUCCGCCUGGACAGGGCAGCGGCCCCUGCCUGGCCGCGAGCGGGCAUGGCUCGGUUGCUGAAUCAGGCGGAGAAUGGAGGCUUCGACGAAGAUUCCAACGAAGUAGCUGAGGGCAUUUCCUACGAGGAAUUUGCCGCUCACUGGCAGACCGACCCUCUCCGCUGCUGGGAGGCUGUUUCUCGCAUUUACACUGACCUGGAAGCAAAGGCUAUCCUGCGCCGCGACGAAGCGACCCUCCUGAACGAGCAGCUCAUCGAGAUCCAAAAUGAAGUUGAUACCCUCAAAGACCAAGAUGAGAUUAGCGAGAUUAAGCGAGUUCUGCCAGAAGCUUAUCACGACCUCGCAGAUGAGUUGCUCCCACUACUGUUUGAAGGAGAUAUAAGUCCGGGGAUCCUGAUCAUAACUCUCUCGGCAAACCACUGCUCCGUUGCACCUUUGCGGCUGUGGGCAACAUCUGCCCUCGUUUCUGCUAUUGCAGGAGACAAUUUUACUACGGCUUCUGGUGUGAUCAACAAAGCUCCGGCAAGCAGUUACAGGAAGAACCGAGAACCGCGUACAAUCCGCAUGGACUCAUCAAACACGAUUGGCGCUGAUAUCCCGCCACUCCAGCGGAAGAUGGUUGAGCUAAAAUUCAAUGACCUCGAAGCCGACGAAUACAAGGCAUUCUCGCUGGCUCACAAGCGCGGACCGUUCAUCAAGAGUCUGCCCGAUCCGAACAAAUACGUCUAG